CUUGCAAAUGGACCAACGGCAGCUGCGAACGUCAAGACGGUCGACUCUACGGUUUAUCAUCUAUGCCGUCUUCAUAUUCCUAGUGUAUCGACUGCUCGCCAGUUUCUGGGUGAACGAUGCCGAGGAAUUCAAGGAUACCUAUACUCCCCCUGCGUCGAAUAAUGCUCCACAUCAGCCCGAUCGAAAUGAGAAUGUCAAAGACAUGCCAGCUCCUGACUUCGAGACCAAGGAAGAAUCUCAGCCAGAACAAGAACUCAAUCUGCCUUGGUACCCCAAGCAAACCAAAUUGAGCACAGCCGAUCGCAUAGAACUCGAAUUGAAAGCAAGCAAGCUGGCUCGCGAUGAAGCCCUCGAAGUACUCAGCCAAUUCAAUAUUGAGGGAAUUCCUGGUACGGCUGUCAAGACACAUGAAGAGGCUCAAACUAUCUACGCCAAGCUCGACUGCUUCACUCAGGGAUCUUGGGUCUACAACCCGACUCCAAGGGAGCUCUUGAUCCAUUUGCAAGAAUCCCUGUAUUCAAAAUGUGAUAAACGAUAUGAGCGAGAUUAUAAAGAGACCGAUACUAGCGAGUGGAAAGUUCGCAAUGAACUUAAAUAUAUUUGGACGCCUUUAGAUAGAUCCCAGUGCCCAUUGAUACCGGUAGACAAAUCGAAUUGGUGCGAUGUUAUGGCUAGACGCCAUAUCUUGCUUGUAGGCGACAUUCUCCAGUUCCAGAUGCAUGAACUGUUGCUAGAUUCAUUCCGAGAUGGUCCCGCCGUCUGCUAUGGUGAACUCAACUGCAAAGACCACACCCUCUGCAGCGAACCCGAAGUUAGGAUGCGUUACUUGCGAAACGACAUUCUGUCUGUAGUUCGUAAGAAUCCUGAGGUGCCAGGAGGUCAUCCUGAAAUGCGAGUUGUACAAUGGCCAUGGAUCACUUCCAACGUGAUUGGCAAAUACCCAGUCCUGAUCUUGAAUCGUGGAGCCUCUUAUGUGGACGAUGAUAUGUUCCGCACUCAGCUUAUUGAUACUAUGCGUAUCAUCCGAGGUGCUCAAAUGGAUCACCUCAUUAUCUAUCGAAGUACCCCUAUCGGCCACCCCGAUUGUGAUUCAGCUACAGCACCUUUGGAAGUAAGGCCUACCGAGUCAGAAUUGCAAGACCUGCCUUAUCAUUGGGGCGACUAUAAGCGACAGAACCUCAUUGCCAAAGAGAUUGUUCAAGCAGCUGGAGGAGUGUUUAUUGACGUUGCUCAAAUGACGGACUUGCGCCCAGAUGGACACAUUGGUGGCCAAGACUGCAUGCGUUAUUGUAUACCUGGACCUUUAGAUGCUUGGGCUGACAUUUUAUACAAUGUGUUCCUGUUGCUAGGCAAACCUGAUUCAAGCAAAUUUACAUAGACCAAAGCUCAUUUCGAAUACGACCAUAUAGUAUCACUUUAGCAUACACAAUAGGCCCAUCCGAUGAAGUCUUUUGAGAGUGUAAUCAAAAAGAUAGUGUACAAUAGCUUUGUUCUUUUUAAACCAUUCCCAAUAAAUACCGCAUACGGACCUCUGAUAUAAUAAAUACACUUUAUUGAAUG